AUGCAUCUAAUCCUCACAGGCGCCACCGGCCUCAUCGGCUCCGCCGUCCUAGACGCCAUGAUCAAGACCAAAGACAUCACCAAAAUCUCCAUCAUCAGCCGACGACCCGUCAAGAUGGCCGAAGACGCCAAGGACCCGCGCAUCAACGUCAUUCUUCACAAGGAUUUCGAGAAGUACGACAGUGAGCUACUCAACCAGCUCCAGGGUGCAACGGGAUGUGUUUGGGCGCUGGGAAUUAGCCAAAAUGCUGUUGGGAAGGAGGAAUACGUCAAAAUCACCAAAGACUUCCCCCUCGCCGCCGCCGCCGCUUUCCAGACCUUACCCCCUUCUUCUUCUUCUUCCCCUUCUCCCGACCAAGAUAAAGAACCCUUCCGCUUCAUCUACGUCUCCGGCGAAGGCACCACUACCACCCCUCCUUCCUCCCAGUCCCCUCUAUCAAGACUCACCACCCCUUUCUUCGCCAUCAUCAAAGGCCAAGCUGAACUCGCCCUCUCGCAGCUUUCUACUUCCACCUUUCUACCCUUCUCUAUGCGCCCCGCCUUCAUCGACGCGGCCGCCCACCCUGCCAUUCACCCGUACAUCCCCAAAGUGUCCGGCCUUUAUACUUUGAGCAACUGUGUUUUGGGACCGCCCAUCCGAGCGGGGUACAAGAAGAUGUGGAGUCCUACGGAACAUUUGGGAAAGUUCUUGGUGGAGAUGGCGAUGGGGAAGUGGGAUGAGACGAUCAGGAAGGAGGCGGAGGUUUCGAAUGGAAAAGGGUUUGAGAAGUUGGAAGGGGGUAGUGUGGUGGUGGGAAAUGAAGGGUGGAGGAGGAUUGCUUCGUUGGAGGGGUAG